GUAACGAUUAACAUGAAACGUAGCUAGGCUACCUGGUUCCAGAAACGCGUGAUGUCCGUCUAGCAGUCGUGUCCAAUAUGGCGUGUACACUGUGCGAAUUGUAUUAACGUGCAGGUACUGUUCCUGCCUCUGGUGUGACUGUCUUUUGUGAAUAAAGGAGGAUAAAUACUGUAAAUUUGUAAUAAAACAAUGUACAAUGAACUACGGUGGGAAUAUGCCAGAUUGGCAUCAGUAUAACACCUCACAGACAAAUGAAGUUACACCUUCCACGCAAAAUGUUAAUUCUGGUCACCUUGCAUACAUUCCUGGUGUCAGUCCAUCGACACUGAAUGCCAUUAGCCUUAAUUCAGAGGGUUUGAACAAACAUCAGAACAAUGCUAAUUACAAUCCAAGAAAUUAUCAAUCUUUCAACAAUGUAUCAAGUAACUCAGCCAUACCGAAUAACAGUCCCCUUGCAUCUAUGGUGCAAAUGCAGAAUUGCAUUGGCCAUUAUGGCUCUCCAAAUACAAGGAAUCCUAUGUUGGAUAAUAUAAAUACUUCUGUGGAUCCUAGGAACACCACGAUCGGAACUGUAAAUGAUGAUAUAGGAUAUAGAAGCAAUCAGGGGCCUUUCAAUGGACCUAUUGGUCAUCUAAAUGGACCAAACUGCAAUUUGAAUGUAUCAACUGGACCUAGAACUGGACCUGGGCCUGUUCAUGGAUCUAGAACUAAUUCCGGACCAGGACUGGGAACCAAUCCUAAUAAUGCAACUGGCCCUGGCCCUAUGUACGGACCUAAUUCUAGACAUGGACCUGCAUCGGUAUCUGGUUCAGGUUCUGGACCUGGAAAUAUGGGGCCAAGAAGCACUAAUGUCGGUCCACUACCUUCUGGGAAACCUGGACCAUCUUCUUCGUGCAUUCCUUGUAAAGGAAUGUGUUGCAAUUCAGAUUCAAACAUUAAUUAUCAACAAUGGGAGAAAUUUGGAUCCUAUCAGAACAAUGGUUCAUACAGAGAUAAUGUGCACCCAUCGAAUUAUCAAAUUGAAAAUAGACAUUUUGGAAAUAACUGUAAUUUUAGGAAAGAUAAUUUAGAUGGUAAAGAAGUAAUGGGUCCUGUAAUACCCAAUGCAUCCACCAUAGAUCAUAGAAGAAACUUUGCAGAUUACAAGUAUCAUAAAGAUCAUUUAGUGCAUAGAAACUACUCAACAUCUUCAGGAAUUUUUCACAAUUACUCCAUGCAAGGUUACAAUUAUUCUGCAGAACACCAGAAGUAUCCUUAUCCUGUGAAAGAACACACAAAAACGAACAACAUGAACGUGCAGAAUUCAGGCAUGCUUAAGCAUCAAGAACAAAAUUUCAUAGCCCAGCAAAAGUUUAAUAAUAAACAAUUCCAAUAUCAAAACGGGAACAUGAUACCCAAAGGGAUUUCUACUUUAAAUGUAAACGCCAAUAUGGCGUCGUCUUCUCAAAAUCCAUACUUUAAUUCGCAAUACCCGAGGAACAUUUCCACAGAAAUUUCUCACGAAUGUCAAGAAACCACCGAUAAUACUUCAAUGGUGAAUAGAAUGCAAGGCUUUGCACACAAUUCUCCUUCACAGCAUCAAGUGUAUCAACAGAAAAUAGCAAUGCAAAAAUUUUCAAUAGAAAAUCACCUUCGAGAACUGGGCAGGAUACCUGGUUAUCAAUCACAUCCCAAAUACAAAGAAUGUAUUCUCAGAUACAGAGAAAUAUUAAAAUUACAACAAUCUUCUGGCUACCAAAGUUCAGUUCAACAAAUUCCGCGUGUAGCAACACCGGCAAAUACCUCAAUGCCGCCUAUUAAUUUGCAGUUUGACCAAAAUGGUAUGUUAAUAAAUUCCAGUUAUCUACCAGAUAACUUUUCUAAGUUACAGCACGUGUCAGCUGUAGAACAAACACCAGAAAAUAUGGACAGGCAAAAUAAAGACCAGGAUAUUGUCAUGGCUAACGAAAAAUGCCAGCAGUCGCAGCAGUCAGAGCAAUUAAUGAUUCCUCAACAAAAUGAACAUGUUCCUUCCUCUUGUGCAGAGACAUUUCAAAAGCAGAGUCAGUUCUCUAUACACAAGGACUAUAAUCAAAAUCAACCGAAAGUACAAACAAGCGAGAGUCACAGCUUUAAUAUUUUAAGUACUAAUAGUAGCAACGAAGCGAUGAUGCAACAGAAAGCCUCGAAAGAGUUUGCCAAUAAACCGGAUCUAGACGUAAGACAAUUUCUGGCUAAUUGGGAUGAAACUGACGACGAAGAGGGAACGACGAACCUACCGGACACGAUUCUGAGUGAAACAACUCCAGUUGUUGUGGUAAGCUAUGAAAAUAUAGAUCUUUCGUCAAAAACACAGCAAGGCACAGAGGUUCCAAGAAAAAAUAGUUUCUGCUCGGACGAAACUUUAGAAAGUGGUAAAGAUGGCGAAACGAAUAUAAUAACAGCCCAAGAUUGCUUGACAAUAUCGUAUUCUGCGUCUGACAGUUCUGAGAUUCCUAAAACUUCUGAAAGGACGAUCGGAGAAGGUGUGGUAAAACCUGGAAGUAUCAUACACUGCAUCAGCAAUGGCCCUGACGAAAUACCCACGAUUCACAUAGUGGACAAUUUAGAAAUAAGUAAUAUUUUAGGAACACCUAAUGAUCAAGUUAUACAGACUUUGGAGAAGCAAAAGGCAAUACCAUUUUUCAGAGAAUCGAGCAACAGUGAAACGAUGGCUCUCGAAAAUACAGAACAACAGGACAAGGACAAUGUUCAUGUAUUGUCUGCUAAUUACACCACAUCUUUGGAUAAUGUGGAUAAGGAUACAAGUAUAGAAGAUUCCAAUAUUUCUGAAACAGCUACAAUUUCAAUGAACAAUCAGGAAUUAAGAGUUUUGUCAACUUCACAAAAAGAUAAUCUGGGCGUUGGUGAUAAUAUAGUGGAAUUGAAGAAACAGCAUAGUUUUGAAGAAUCUCAUAAUCCUGAUGAUAUUAGUUUACCAGAUUUACCAGAAUGUACACCAAUAUCUACUACACUAAACACUCCUAUUCAUUCAGACACUGAAGAAUCUUCACAGAACAUGGAAGAAGACUUAUCGAUAUCCACAAAUCCGAUAGAAGUGAUGCAAAACAGUCCAGUAAUCAGUUUUACACAGCUGAACAGUGAGAAUAAAGUAAAAAACAUGUCUCUCGGUACUAUAGAGUUGGAAUUUCAAAAGGAGAAUCGUUAUAAGAAUAAUGAGACCAGUAGUGAACAUAUACAGGAGGUAGACAAUUUCGAGUUGUCUGGCAACUUGAAGGCAAAAUCGAGUGAAGCGAUUAAAAAUAAACAACUGAAAAGUCUUGGGAUCAAUGCUGUAAGAAAAAAGGUGUGUUUGAUAGAUGGCAAGGAGAAUGAUACCAAAAUUCCUGAUACUUGUACUGUUUUAACAUCCAUGGAGUAUGAGCUGGAUAUUCGGCAAAAAGUUGUUGAUAGGGAGAAGAAUUCAGAUCGUGAUUCUUCUGAUUAUACACAUAAUAAAGAACAGAAAAGCAUUAGUAGAUCGACGGAAGCGAUAAAACACAGAGUACAAAGAAGUGAGUCUGAUGAUAACAUCAGUUCUAACCCGAAUUUAAGCCCAACGGUGUCUGAUAAUGAGUCACAAGCUUCAAAAAGCGACAAAGAAAUGUUUAGAAGGAGAAAGAUAAAGACUUCAACUGUAUCUACAAACACCAACUGUCUGAUACCCUCUGAACUUGAUCAAAAUAUUAGGAAAAGAGCAAAAGAAGCAACAACCUGGGAAGAUAAGUGCAUAAACAAAUACGUAGAUAGAAAUUUAAGUCAGAAAAGAGAUGCUGAUCAUUUGAAACAAUCAAAAGUUUCUGACACGAGAAAGUUCGAUGAUUCGAGCUCAUCCCAAGGCGGAGAGCACUCUGUGUGCCAUAUGAUUUCUCAAUAUAAACACUAUUCUGCUGCUGUGAUAAAGGAUAACGUUAUAUUAAGUGAUAAAAGAACGCACAGCAUCACAGAUAGGAUCAUGAAUGAAAAAUCACCCGAGUUCCCAAGUAAGAUGAACAAUACAAAUACCAAAGAUCUUCCUAAAGAGGCAGAAAUUAGAAAACAGGCAACUAGCAAGGCAAUGUCGACGUUGCACGAAAGUAUUCAGUCUCAGACUUCUAGGUUGUUGCAAAAAGAUUUGAAAGGUGUCGAUGGAGACGUUAGAUACACUGCAGAGGAAAUGCGUUUGCUGAAAGAGUACAGAAAGAAGAAAGAAAAGUUGUAUCAGGCUUAUAAUACGCACGACGACAAUAAGAAUGAGAAAACAAAAUCUAAGAGCCACAAGUUAGGGGACAAGAUAUGCUUGGAGCAAAACUCUAUCUCUUCAAUAGUUAGCCGAAAUUCAGAAAAUUUGGUGACGCAGGAAGAAGCAAAAAGCCACUCGUGCUCGAAAAGUUUAAUAAAAAAUACCGACUUCGGUAUUCAAGUUGCCAAUGUAAACUUAAAAAUUAAAGACAAUGAUAUUGGCAAGGAGUUAAUUCUGGGAGACAAGAACCAGGAACACGCAAAAGAUCCUCUGGAAGGAAUUAAAAUCGAAAUCAAUGUAUCGUGCACAGACAGAAACGUGAAAGGGCAGGAGCAAAAUAAACGAUUACUGUACGAUGAUCGUAGCCUGUACGAGAUCGACGAUUCACUGUCUUACUCAAAUGCAUUGGACAGUCAACGUAAAUCAGACGCCAAGGAACAAUCCAACAACUCGAAGCUACCCGAAAGAGCUCACAAAAAUGUGUUUGAAAAAUCCGAUGCGAUGAUUGAUGUUAUCGAAACGAAUCAGGGUAAAAGAGAGGCGGAGAAGAAUUUGAGAAUAACAUUCAAAAAAGAUAGGAGAACUUCGUCAGAGGUAAACGAGGAAAUGAACUCCAUCGUCCCUAAAGAAGCAUGUAGUUUAAUUUCAGAAAGUCAGUCUUUCAGCAAGACCUCGCGCAGCAACAUAUUCUGCAAAGAUAUGUCGAAGACCGAAGUGAUUAAGGAUACUAAUUACGCCAUCGAUCAGCUGGAUGUAAUUAAAUCGAAAAGUGCAAUAUCAAAUACUGCCACAGUCGACGCAAAUAAUAAAGUUAAAGGGAAGAAUAAACUUGAGGACGAUAAGGAAGAUAAUCGUGCGCGUGAAGAUGAGGAUCGAGUGGCAAGGAUGCGAAAGCAAAGUUCCACGAGCUUCAUGAACGUUUCAGGUGUAAUAGAAAAGGAGAUAGCGAGUGUGCCUCAUUCGAAAGCUUCUGUAAAACUGCCAGAAAGCAACUUUACUGAACUAAGAAAAAAAUUGUUGACUAAUCUGAAUAAUUUGGACUUCAAGUUUGGCAAGUAUUCCGAAUUAGAUUUAGAUCGUGAUUGUCGUGUGGUUGAGGAAUUAGACGAAGAAGAAAGUUACACGGGUAAAUGGAAGAAGCCAAAGAUAGAUGACAUUUUAGAAGACUGCGAUAUGUUCCAAAGUAGCAGCGGCUAUGUAAAUCCGAUAUUCUCAAGCAUAGAUAAGCUGGAGAAUCCGCACACAGUUCCUGUAUACACUACCAAAGACGGAAAGAUAUCCUAUAGCCCUAAUCGAAGAUUCACCUAUCAUGAACUAAUGAUGGAGGCUCGUAGGCGAGAGUCUUAUUCCUCUGUAAAGAAGUCUCAUUACGCGGAUACUUGGAACAGCUAUUACAGCUCGAAAUUCCGCAAAAUGAACAAGAGAAAACGACAUCAUGAUCUUAGCGACAAGAAGAAGUACGAAUACAAGAAUACCAAGUGUCUUUACGAUAGGAAAAAAAAUUAUUCUGAUGAAUUUUAUGGAAAAAAUCAUGUUAAAUAUAAAGAUUAUAUACACAGUAUUAGAAAUGAUAAUGCCAUUUGGUCUGAUCAUUAUAAAAUGGAUAAAAUGUAUAGUAGCAGUGAUUCUGAUGAUCAGAUUAUAGAUCGUAGCAAAUAUCGCACUACCGAGGUAAAUAAUAGUAAGAAAGAUCCGACUAUAGAAAAUAAAGGCAUAACUAUCUCUAAAUUACAGAAAGAUGAUAUUUUUAUCAAUGAAUUAGACCUAGAAUCUAAGAGCAAAGAAAAUGAAGCUGAUGAUUCUUUGAAUAAAGACAAAAGUAUGGAUUUAGAGGAAACACAGAUGAUUCAGUUUCAAAUCCUUGAUAUGGAAGAAAAUAAUGAAAAUGUUAAUUGUAAAAAUGCUAAUAAUAAUUGUGUAGAUAAUUAUACAUCUAGUGGACAGUCGGAUAUUCCAUCAACAUCUUUGCAAUUGAGUCAAGAAAAACAAACUGUGGAAUAUAGUGUAAAUGAAUCUUCGAUGUUAAAUGAGUCAGAAAUCACGUCGGAAAAUGUUCAAAGAGUUGAAGGUAAGAAUUCGAGUAAUGAAUGUAGUACCGAUCAAACUAUUGAUAAAGUUGAAACUCUUGAAAGUGAAGAGAAAAAUGUAGUUACAAAGAUUGAAUUGCUCAAUAAAGCAUCUUUAUUGGAUGAGCAAGUUAGUUUAUGUGAUCUUGAAAAGAAAAAAGAUGAUGAAAAAAUUAUUUCAGGGGCAGUUAUUAAAGAGCAAGAAGCAGAUACUGAAGAACAGAAAAAAGAAAUUGACAUAAAUGUAUCUAAUAGUCAAACUUUUCUAGAACCCGAAAAUAAUUUUGAAAAUGUAGAAGAUACAGAAAGUAAUAAUAAAUCAGAAAUUAAUCAAGUUGGCAUUGUUGGCAUAUUAGAGUUUGAAAAUGACAUAACAAAAAAGGUUUUAGAUCCUCAAACAGAUUCUGAUAAUAUAUUUGACCAAGUUUCGCAAGAAUCUUUGGACUUAGAAAGACCAGUGGAUGCAUUUAAUGAAAUUGUUGAAGAAUCUGAAGAGAAUAUUAUUGAAGAAAAUAUUUUAGAGUGUGAAGAAGAAAUUGUGCAAUUUAGUGAAGAAGUUGAAAUUUCAAAUGAAGAAGCUGUAAACAAAGUAGAAGAAGAAGAUAAUGAGUAUUUAGAGAAUUCAAAUAAUAAUUUGUCGAGAGACACUUUUGCAAUGAAUCAAGAGGUAUCUGAGUCUCGGGCAAUAUUAACAGAGGAAACAAUUAAUCAAGAAGAUAAUUCAAAACACAUUUCUGUUGAGCUUAUUCAUCAUCAAGAUAAUAUUGAUACAAACUCUGACCAAAUAAAUAAUGCAAUUACCGAAGAAAAAAAUCUUAAUGAUUUUUCAAAAACUGAAAUUUAUCCUGAAAAUGAAAAUGUUACGGACAUUAUAUCAAACAAAAAUGAAAUAGAAAUUAUUCUAUCAAACAUAGAAGAAAUUUCAGUGAAACAAGUAAUAACUGAUAAUUUAAAAGAUGAAGGUGAACCAAAUGAUUUGCCGACUGUCCUUGAACAUGAAACAAAGUUCAAUCAAGAAUCUUUUGAAGAUAAAGAAAUGCAUAUUCUCAAUACAUGUUGCUCCAUUAAAAACUCUCCAGUUACAGAUGUCGAAAGUUGUAAAGAUAAAACUAAAGUGGAUGAACAGAAAGAAGAGCAAAUUCCUCUUGAACAAGUUACUUGCAAAAGUUUGGCUCAUUGUUCAGAUAGCAAUAUCGACAUGAAAGCAAUACCUAAACUGAUUAUAAAGAAAACUGAUACACCAAAUUCAAAAUCGGCCUGCUCAUUGGAUUACACAGAAACUUCUGAAAACUGGGAUAAAUACGAUGCAAAAUUAUUUUCUGAAUUACAUCCAAAAAUACCAAAAGUGAUUAUCACUAAGAACAGAUCACGUUCAGCAACUCCAGUUGAAAUUUUCCAGAAGACUAAAUCUGAUAAAACGCAAUCUUUUCUUCCAGAACAGAACGAUGAAAGCAUGGAUGUGGAUAAUAGUGAUUUUGAAUCAUAUACUUUAAAGUACAAUAAUUGUGAGAAUAAAGUACCUAAGGUGAGGAUAAAGUUAGAGGAUAUAUCAUCUAAGGAUUUAAAAGUGUACUUGAAACGCAAAGCUACUAAGAGGAGCAUUCCAAAGGUGAGAAUCAAAAAACUUAAAACGCAAGAAAGUAAGCGAAUUGAAACGAAGGACAGUUCAGAAACAGAAGACACCGAUUCUGAUGAAGAUAAGAAUUUACACGAAUUAAUGUCCAGUGAUACAGAAAUUGAAAGAACACCGAAAUCAAAAUUAAAAAGACAAGAAGACAGAUCUUGGUCACCUGAAAAAAAUAAAGGGAAAAAUUCUAAUAUUUCUAAAGUCUUUCCAAAAAAGACUAAAAGAACAAAAGAAGAGGAUUCAAAAUGCACUGCCAAGUAUGAUACGGCAAUUAGUGAUGAAUUAAAGAAGAAGUUUCCCCAGUGUAUCAUCGAAAAGAUUCCCAAGGUUAUAAUAAAAAGAACUCAAAUUGGUGCAGAAUUUAAGUGUGAAAUCAGCAAAAGUAAAAAGACUUCGAUCAUUGAAACAGCCAAAUGGCAACCAAAAGUAAAAUUACAAAGAUUAGAUGUUCUGGAUAAUAUGGUGAAAGAUCUAAAGCAAUCAAAAAUCACAUUAAGCGAUAAAUUUGAUUUUUCUGCAAGAAUGAAAAAUAUUAACAAUGAGGAUACAAUUGAUAAUAGUAAGGUAAAAUUAUCGAGAUCUAAUUCGGUGUCUAAUUUGUCUCCUACUAAAUACAAACGAAGAAGAUUUUCAGACUCUAGUUACAUGAAAGUUAACACAAAGUCAAACAUUGAAUUCAAGAGUAAUUUAGAUGGUAAUGUAGCUAUUUUUAAAUCAGAUGAUAGUGAAAGUAAAAUUAUUAGGAAAAAAGAGAACAGAAAAAUAUCCUCUGAGAGUGAGCAACUAUAUCAUAGUCAGAAUAAUGAAAGCGAAAGAGAAAUGGAAGAAAUUAUAACGAAACAUUCCUUUCGAAAUAUUCUGACGAACGAAGACAACGAUAUGAUGGUUGUGAAGGAAGAAUACUUGUCUUUUGAUACCAAGGAGAGCACACCUCUUAUAGAAGACAAAUUUUUAGAUGCUGCCACCCGUUCGCAUAAUUAUAACGAUAAUGAUAGUUCGAUAAUUAAAGUCGAUUCCUCAGAUGAAAGUCAAACUACAAUAGAAAUUUUGCCAGCAUCACCAAACAAUAGCGAUGAUGAAGCUAAGAAUUCUGAAUUUGAGAGUAUCAAUAGAAUGGAUAUGACAGACGCAAUGCCAACUCAAUUGGAAUUAGAAUUGGAACUUAUUGACAAUAAUAACACAUGUUCUGAGGUAUUUAUGUCGGACAUAGAUUAUGCAUCGCAUUCUAAAAGCAAGUACAGUAAUGAAGGAUCAACUAAGACGUUCUUCAAUGAAUUUCAACGUUCUUCACAAAGUACCUUUGAUCAAAAUAAAUAUACCUUUUUAAUGAAGAAGCAACAUUUUGAACGAAACACAAAUGAUAAUUUUUAUUGUAAUGACUUGUUAAUUAAAGAGGUAUUAGCUGCUAAAGAAACAUUAAAAAAGUGUUUGACAAGAUCUGAGACCGAAGAUGUGGAAAGAACGUCACGACCUAAGACUGUAGCUGAAAAGAAACAAGGCUUAAGUUUCAGUUUUAAGGAUCUUGGCAAAUCCUCAGACAAAUCUGAAGAAAUAUGUUUCACUAGUCAGAACAAUAAAAUGAAAAUAAGUGAUUCUCCUUGCGAUAUAGAGACGGAGGAGGUUGAAGAAAAUUGUUUCAAGCAGCAUGAAAUUUAUUCUGUGGACUGCCCUACAGUUUCUACGCAUAGAAAUAGCAAUGUACCAGAGCCAACUACAAUUUCUUUGAAGUCCUCUAAGACAUCCAUAAAUAAUUCUGAUUUAUCAAACAGACGCAAUAGCAAUGCAGAAAAAUUGCUAGAGAUCAAGUCUGUGAAAAAAACUAAUAGUGACAGUCAGAAAAAUAAUGACAAUUCAAACAACACAAAGGUGAAAGAAGACAAUAUGCCAUUAUUAGUGCCAGAGUUUGUUUUAAAUUUUGAUUCCAGCUCAGAUAGAGAUAGCUCUAGAUCUCCGCCUGUUAUAACAAAUCAAGAAGAAGUUGAACAUGUAGCAGAAAAUACAAAAUUGGUGGAAAAUAAAGUGAUAAGUCAAAUUGAGAAGAUAGAAGAGAAUAAGAAACAUUCCUAUAAUAAUUGUGAAAUGACUAUUGCUGAUAUUAUAACGCAAUUAGCUUAUCAUGAAAAGGCAACAAUAAAACAUAAAAAAUACUGCAAUUUGUGUGAAAGAUGGUUUCCUACAACUUCGCGACAUCGUCGGCAUUUAGCUGGAUACCAGCAUCGUUAUAUAGAAUUAACACAGCGUAAAAGUAUUCAUGCGCUUUUUAUUCUGUUUACUGGAAAACCUUGUCCAAGACUUUUGCCAGCAAACGUAAUUCGCAAUGACUGUUCCAUAGGAGAAUUGACGCCUCUGCAAAUUGCUGUUCAGGAUGUUGCAAAAUGCGUUGAAUACAUACAACAGAAUCAAAAAACGAAAGAAUGACAGUAACAAAUUAUUAUAAGUUACAUCGGUGCAUAGACGCAUUUCCUGUGAUUACCUAUAUUGGAAUGUGGUGUAAUGUGAGUAUCUUUAAAAAAUGUACUAUAAUGAUAAACACAAAAUGAAUUCUAUAAUUCUUUUAUUCUCAAUGGAAUUGUACUUUAGUAUGAUUACCAUUGAAAUUAAUCAUUAUACUGUAUAUUAUUAUGAAUAUUAAUAUAUAUAUACAUAUAUAAAGGCAAUGAAAUUAACAUCUAUGAACUUUGCAAAAAACAAGCUUUGUUGAUUGAUGUUAAUUGUUAAAAGUUACUUGAAAGAAAAGAAAUUACUUUAAGUGGUUAAAUAUUUAGCCAAAGAUCGUAAAAAAAAAAUAUAUAUAAAUAUAUAUGUUAGAUUAUUUAUAGUUUUUGAAGACUAUGCAGUCUUUUAUUUGUACAAAUGAAGAUAUGAAUAAUAUCGUAAAUGAAUGUGCUCGUUAUAAAUUUUUAUUUAUAUCGUGAAAAGACUUAUAUAUACAAUGUAUAAAUACACACACACACACACACGCAUAUAUAUAUAUAUAUAUAUUUAUUCUUGUUUAAAAAAAAAUAUGGACCUUUGCAAUGUUACACAGACCUAAAUCUAUAUAUAGUUAUAUUUAUAUAAAAUUAUAUAUUUGAAACAAAUAUUUAGCCAAAGGAAAAAAAUGAUUAUACAUGUUACAAGAUAAAAUGAACUAUGAAAUGUUAGAAUGUCUGUAAUUUAUACGAUAGGAAUUAAUGGACGAUAAACAAUGUAAUUUUCAAAACAGAUAGAAUAGACAGAGAAAAUGUGUAAAUUUUUCAAAAAUAUGAUUAUACCAAUUACUGUGAUUUUAGAUCAAAUUUCUCUAUUCUAAUUACGUUUAAUAAGUAUAAAUUAAUUCUUUAUAAUUGAAAUUCUUAAAAAAAAUAUGAUUUGUUUAAUUGAAAUAAAUAGCAACAUCUCAUAGUUCAAUAAAAAAUCUAUACAUAAUAUAAAUAAUGUUCACUCUCCUGUCAUGUGUUUGAUUCAAACUGUCUAGGUGUGCCUAAUAAGUUAUUGUUUAUACAAAUAACAAAUUUUUAAUUGUUUUAAAUGUUAUAAAUGUUUCUCUUAUUAUUCUAUUGAUCUAUUAUUCUAUUGAUAUUGGGAGUAGGAAAGAUCCUUAAUGAACAAGUUCCUGAUUAUAAAGCAGAAUGGAAUAAAUAUAUUUCUUGUUAAGAGGCUAAAAAACAGCUCCUAUGCUACUACAGGGUUAACAGACUAUAUCUACGAUUGUUUUAUAAUUUUUGUUUUCCUACUUUACAUUCCAAAGAAUAAAAAUACAAUGAAAGUCAUUUUAUUAAAAAAUCUAGUUUAAUCAUUAAAUGCAACCAAAUAAAAGAAAUAUAGAAUAUAUUUAUAUAUAUAUAAAUCUAUCGAUUGUUAUUCCACUUAAUGUUUUAUUUCUCAUCAAUUUGUUUUAACUAUUUCAUAUUUUAUUUGCACGAGUGCCUUAAAAUACACCUAACAGUAUUUGUCGUAUCGUGUUAUACAAGAUUAAAUGAAGCUAUAUAUUUGUAAUAUUCUUGUAUAAUAUAUGCAUAAUAUAUGCUGCAAUUAUGAGAACAUUAAAAGAAAUAUACCAUUGCAUAAUAACUAUUAUAUAAAUAAUUUUUUUAUAAAUAUGUACAUCAUGUUUGUUUUAUAACUUUUACUGUAAUUUUAAUAAAAAAAAUUAUCUAAAGAGUUGCAUCUCUUAAAAUAAGAGAUCAAUAUAUAAUUAGAGAGAGAUUAUAAUAUAAUCGCAGACAAAAUGUAAAAUAAGCUUUUAUAUAGUGGUAUAAAUUAAAAAAAUAUGUUCUCAUGAUUGAAGUUGUUAUGCAAAUAUUUUAUAUCAUUGUGUGUUCUAUGUGCCUAAAUUUUAAGAAAUUUAUUAUAUGCAUCUAAAGUUCAAAUAUGCAUAAUAUUACUUAUAUACAUUUAAUAUAAUACAAAUAUGCAUCACUUGUACAUUGUAUGAAGAAAACAGGUUUAAAAGUUUUUAUAAAAAAUUGUAUCAGUUUGACUUGUAUGCUGUGCUUUAUAGAAAUUGUUUUGAAUGUUUAAUUGUGGCUAUAAGAUAUCUAAACAAAUUACGUACAUCAAAAAUAUCAAUUUACAUCAUAUGAUAUUAGAAUUCAUUAGAUUUGAAUAUUAUAGUUUCUUCAUCUAAAUUUAAUUAUUUUGUUAUAUAAAUUAAAGAACGAGGAUAUUCUUAAGGAAUAGAAUUACAUAUGCUUCAUUUAGAUGAGCUAUGGUUUUUUUUUUUUUAGAAAAAUUCUAUUGUUGACUUCCAAUAAUGUAAAUUAUUAUAAGAAUGCACUGAUUUCAAAAUUUUCAUUUAAAAGAAAAAAUUCUAUUAUUAUAUUAAGUCAUAAAAAAAUUGUUUCAUUUUUUUAAUAUAGAUUAUUUAGUUUAAAAAUUAAAGAUUUUUAUGUACACAAAAGUUAAGAAUCAAUUUGUAAAUUAAAUUAAUUAUAGAGGUGGGUCCAUACAAACAUUUAUGAAUUAAUGAAAAAUAUUUUCAUAAGUCAAUAUUAUAUAUAUAUAUAUACCCAUCUACUUAUGAUUCAUAAUUUUUUUAUACAUUUAAUCGCAUAUAAUGACACAAUUCAAAUGGGCAGAUCUGUAUAGAAAGAUAAGUGCAAUUGUAUAUUUUUACAAAGUUUACAACUGAUAAUUCCAUAAAAAAAUAUUAAUUUUUAAAAUGAUUGUUAGCUGUGCAAUUCUAAAUCAGAUAAAUCAUUUAUACAGUUCUGCUAAUUUUAUACACAAUGUGUGAUUAAUAUAGAAUAAUUGUUUGGGAUACAUUACAAUUAGUUCUAAGUGUGUUUUAGAUUUGUAGCACUUUUUUCAAUUUUAAAAUCUUAAAAAAAUGAUGAUUUAAUAUUUCCAAAAAUUUGAAUAAAAGUUUAAAUGAAAUUUACUAAAAUGUCUUAGACAUUACAUGAAUAAAUUUCGGAAUAUUUUGAAAAGUACUACAAAGAUGUUACAUAUCUAAACACUAAAAACAUUCCAUAGUUAGGUUAAAAAGUUUAAUUAAUAGAAAUAAGAAUUGUACGAAACAAUAGAUUAUUUUCUGUUAUUGUACUUAGGCUACAGAAAUGUAUGCAAAAUUCUAGUUGACAUUAAAGAAACAAUAAACAAUAAAAAUUACCAUGUA